ACAACUCGGUCUAAAAUGGCGCAGUGACAUCAGUUUUAUUUGUCGUUCGCCUUCUUUCCCCAAAAAAGUCUUAAAAUGGCUUCUUUAAAAGUCUAUUUUAUCGRCUAUUAAACUUCAAUAGUGUUUUGUUUUGCUGUCAUGUUGGAUUUAGAAGUCGUUCCUGAGCGUUCUUUAGGGAAUGAGCAAUGGGAAUUUAUACUAGGCAUGCCAAUAGCUCAGUGUGUUCAGAUAUUAAAGAAACAGUGCCGUACAAUUCGCAGUGUACAGGUUAUGUACAGCGAGGCAAAUCCUCUAGCUAUGGAUUUGGUAUUAAAUAUGCCAAAUGAUGGGAUACGUCUAGUGUUUGAUUCUGUCAGUCAAAGGCUUAAGAUAAUAGAAGUCAACAAUAUGAGCAAAGUGAAGCUAAAAUACUGUGGAGUUCACUUCAAUUCACCUCAAGUUCAACCAACUAUAGAACAGAUUGACAUGUCAUUUGGUGCUACACAUCCAGGAGUUUAUGAUCCAAGUCUUCAGUUGUUCAUUCUGAACUUCAGAGGACUGUCAUUUUCUUUCCCUAUAGACUCCAAGUUUGAGCCCUAUUAUACUCAUGGACUGGGUUCACUGAAGUUCUCUUCUGGAGCAUCACCAACUGUUUCUCGUAUGUCAAUCUAUCAUGGAAACAGUAUUGCAGAUGCAAGAGCACCACCAUUUCCACUACAGUGUUUCCAUGGAAACUGCUUUGCUGAWAAUGUAGAAGUUAUUCGUGAUAGUAAUGAUGUCAAAGGUUUGAAGCUAUACUUAGUUGCUGAAGGCACUGGCCCUGGAAAGAUCUUGGAAUUACGGAGAAGAACUUUUGAAAGGACUGUCAUGUUUGGGGAUUCUUGUCAGGAUGUGAUUAGUGCACUAGGGUCACCGUGUAAAGUUUACUAUAAAGCAGAGGACAAGAUGAGAAUUCAUGCUCCAUCUCCUCAUAAACUAGCUCAAUCCAAAAUGUCUGACUACUUUUAUAAUUACUUUACAUUGGGCCUGGAUAUUUUGUUUGAUGCCUGCACACAUCAAGUCAAGAAGUUUAUUUUACACACAAAUUUCCCAGGGCAUUACAACUUCAACAUAUAUCAACGAUGUCAUUUUAAGAUUCCAAUAACAAGAGAAACAAAGUCAGGCUUGCAAGAUGACUCACCUCUAGUUGUUACACCAAGUAGUAAGUGGGAUAGUGUGCAGGACUACCUUGGUAAACCUCUUGAGGCACCAGUAGUACUCAAUAGGGCCUCUUCAACCAAUACGACUAACCCCUUUGGUUCCACAUUCUGCUACAAUUUGCAACAAAUGAUUUUUGAGGUAAUGGCCAACAACCACAUGGCAUCACUGACCUUGUAUCGACCCUCCAAGCAAUGAUUGUAUGAAUGAAUAUCAAAUAUAUUCUAACGUGUUUUCAUAUUAUUUAUCCAAGUUUAAAUARAAAUAUAGCAUAUA